CAAGCCGCUCGUGAUGGCCUCCAAUACUUCUGGGUAGACACUUGUUAUAUCAACAAAUCGAGGGACAGUGAGCUCACGGAAGCAAUCAACUCCAUGUUUCGCUGGUAUCGCGAGGCGGCAAUAUGUUAUGUGUAUCUGGCAGAUGUGUGGACAAAAGAACAACCAGAUCCAUCUUCAAAGCCAUGGGAGGCAGCUUUUAGGAACAGUCGAUGGUUUACCCGUGGUUGGACGCUCCAAGAGCUUCUCGCACCACCAGUAGUAGAGUUCUUCUCCUCGAAUGGCAAUCGACUCGGUGACAAGCAAUUAUUAGAGGAACAGCUUUUCCAGAUAACAGGGAUUCCUGUUCUCGCUCUUCGAGGAAGAAGACCUCUUUCAGAUUUCAGCUUCGACGAGCGGGUGCUGUGGGCACGAAAUCGGAAUACCAAGCGCGAAGAAGACCUUGCUUAUUCCAUGCUGGGCAUCUUCGACAUCUCAAUACCAGUUAUCUAUGGCGAGGAAAAGGAGAAGGCAUUCCGAAGACUGACCCGCGAA